GUCACGGCCGCACCGCCCAGAGGCGGCCCCAAGCGGCGGCGCGGCGGUCGCGGGCCCUGCGCUCCGCGGUGACAUUGAGGGGAUCCGGCCGAGGCCAAGGCUGAGCUAUGUGGGGCCACGCUGACAGGGCUGUUAAACUUCUGGGAAGAAAUAUUCCCUCAGUACUGAGGAUGACUAAAGAAGUGCAUCCAAAGAUAAGCAGAAGGCUUUGCAUUAAACCCCAGGAGGAAAGUCAUCUUCGGCCAAAAAGUACAUCUACUUUGAGGGUGCCUGGACACAAGCCAACAGACUGGGAGAAGAGAUUUUUGUUGUGGGCAGGCAAUUUCAAAAGGCCAGAGGAUAUACCAGAGACAGUGUCGAUUGAAACAAUCAGAGCGGCAAAGACAACGCUGCGUGUGAAGUUCAGCUACGUGAUGAUUGCCUUGACAGUAGUGGGAUGUAUAAUCAUGGUGAUCAGAGGGAAGCAGGCUGUAAAAAGGCAUGAGACUCUUACCAGCAUAAACUUGGAGAAGAAAGCUCAGUGGAGAGAGGAAGCUACUCAGAGUACAGCUGCUAAAUGAGACCAAGGACUGGGGAAGAAAAGCUGAGCCCUUUCCAGGCCUGGAGGAGGAUACAGUCACAUCUUUCCUGCAUACUCGGUACCUUCUUGUUGAAGAAAAAAUGUAAUCAAUAAAAGCAGAGAGGCCUAUUUUCUUUUCCUAA